CUAGAGCUCCAGUGUUGCUGGAGCUAUACUGGUGAGGUGAGGUGUGGCUCGCCGCUCACUCGCGUUACAAUGUUGUGGCCAGUGUCGUAAUGAGAGUAAAAUGACGUCAUCCAACCAGCGAGAGAGCCAGAGGCUCUUCGAAUACUUCGCCAUCAUUGGAUUAAGCCCCGAUGGAGGUCUGGAACCUGACCGUUUGCAAGGGGAGGCGGUGGUGGUGCCGCCGCUGGAGAGGAGCUACAAGGCCAGGGUACUGGGCCACUACCCAGACCAUGCCCCUACCUCCAUGCCCUUCGACCACCAUGCUGUCCAGAUGUUGUGCCUGCCACGGGGACUCCAGUUCCGCACUCAGAAGCAUGUCCUGGAGCCUCGUUUUCAUCCCUUUCUUGUGACUAAAGAAGAUGGGUCUCGUGCGCAUGGGUUUGCCUAUGUCUUCUAUGAAGAAGUUAAUUCUCAGCAAAUAUGUACUGCCAUGCACACUCUCCAGUCUGUGUAUUUGACGGAAAUGUCCAGUAGUCAUGCCAAGGCUUCAUCUGGAGCAACGCCAAACAUAUCUCCCACGCCAGCUGGAUUCAUUCAGUCGCCUCUCAGUUGCGAGCUCUCCCCCAAAUCUCCAGCAGCUCUUCACUUCUAUGAUAUAACCAAAGAUCAGUUGUAUGUCACCAAAUGUAUUGCCCUUGUUGGCCAACACCCAUAUGUUUAUGCUGGAAGAAAAUUUCUCAAAGGACUUUACAGGUUCUUCAUUCAGUGUGAGAGUAGUGGUGUGAGCCUAGAGUCACAUGUCUACAAUUUAUUGUAUGAAGUACCAGCACCCCCUCCUGGCCGCUGUGUGGCAUUCUCCUGUGUAGGAAAGACACACAUUUGUCACCGUCCCACUAGCCAUGAACUCCCCUUGUUUGAGUAUUCUUUGCGGGAGUUCUGCUCAUGCCUCGGAGUGGAAAGUAUUGUUCAGCUACUUACAUGCGUGUUGUUGGAAAACCAGGUCAUUCUCGUCUCUAGUGAUUACAAUAAACUUAUGCUGGUUGCAGAGAGCAUAGGUACACUAGUAUUUCCAUUUGUGUGGCAACAUGUGUAUGUGCCAAUAUUACCUGCGUCUCUCCACCACUUCCUCGAUGCCCCUGUGCCUUUCAUUAUGGGUCUGCAGUGCUCUCAUGACUCCAGAGAUACCAUACAAAUCCCAAAUGAAGCUAAUCUGUGUCUGGUAGAUGUUGAUGAAGGCACAGUAGAAGUCCCGGAAGAUCUUCCCCAGUUCCCGCACCGUUCUGACUUUGUUCAUGAAUUAACACAGCUACUUAUAAAGUGGGAAGUGCCAACUGGCAAAUUAGACAGAAACCUAAAUGAACACCACAGUCAAUACAAAUACAGGAGGAGACGAAAGUACUCCUGGUCCCAUGAUUCAGACUCGGGUGUAUCAAGCACAGAAGGUUCCAUAAGUGGUUCUCAUUCUUCCAUCACUUCCCUCCCGCCCUCCACAUCUUCCUCCAUUUCUCCGCUACAAGGUCCUCCGAGUUCCGUCAGAAGUCAUCAUUUGGAUCCAUUUCACUUUUCCCCACAUCUGAGAGAGAUAACUGCCAUUGCCAAGAAAGCUGGGGUGUAUGACUCGGAUGAUGUUGAUAAAAUGAAAAAAGAGAGAGACAGUGAGAUGAUGGAAGAGCUCAAGUUUAAUAAUGCUGUUCGGGAAGUUUUCUUAAAUAGAUUUGUUCAUAUGUUUUGUGCUUAUGAUCAUUUUGUCAUCCAACCUAAUUGUCAGGAAACCGAUAUGGAGCAAUGGUUAAGCUGUCGAGAGUCAGUGCAGAACUUUGACAAAGCAACAUUCCUCUCCGACCAACCAGAAGUCCAUUUACCAUUCCUUUCACGUUUCAUUGAGUCACAAAUGUUCACCACAUUAGUAGAUCAUAAAAUCCUAUCCAACUGGGGCAAGCAUGACACCAAUCUCCGUACAUUUGAUAUACGCAUUAGGCUACUCAGGGAUCGGUAUGAUGAUAGUUUAGUGCGCACACCAUCAUACGAGACGUGCACUACCAUUAGAGAAACGGAGCAGGUUUUGGAGAAGCGUCUGGCUCACAUAGACUACCGGGCUCCAGCUCCACAGCCCAUGGACCCUCAGGCAGAAUCAUGCACACAAUUCAACCCAGGCCAUUUCCCUCUCCUGGACAGAAUAGCAUUGAACAAAGAGCCUCACAAAAGUAAGAAACGUAGCAGUCAUGCUUGGCGCAGACGUGAAAGACAAGAAAGACACUUGGAGCACACCGGACUCUCAGGGGAUCAGCGCGAUCGAGUGAUGCACGAAGCCAAGUCCAAGCUACAACCCAAGCUGGCAGACAUGUCACCUGCACACAUGGCUCAAACUAACUGGAAGUUUGUGGAACAACUUUUAAAGGAAUGCAAAACACGCACAAAACGAAUGCUGGUCGAGAAGAUGGGGUCGGAGGCAGUAGAGCUAGGUCACGGAGAAGGCAGUUUGGUAGGUGUGGAGGAGAACACGCUCAUUGCUUCACUGUGUGACCUUCUUGAACGUGUUUGGGCCCAUGGUCUUCAAAGUAAACAGGGUAAAUCAGCCUUGUGGUCUCACUUGCUCAACUUCCAGGAAUUAGAGGAAUGUAAUGACUCCUCAAAGCCUGUGAAUCCCAAUUUCCUCUCACCAGUUCCUCAAAACACCUCACCAAAGAUUAGCAGUUUGUCACCCUUGUCGGAGAUUGUCAUGUCCAUUAAAUUGGGUAACAUUAGUGGUCUUGGGUAUCUGGCUUCACAAUUUGCAUAUACUUUUGACUUAUCAACAAUGGCACUGGAGACUGAGAGUGCACCUGCAUCACCAACAAAGUCCCCGAGCAACACUAACAGUUUACGGAAAAAAUCGUUACACGAGCGGUGGCCUAGUGACCGUAGCAUCGACCGCCGAUCACGUCCCUCUGAUCCUGGCAUUCCAACCUUACGUCCACUCCCUAUAUCGGUCACCUUUGAUAUGCGUAAUGUGCUGGCAAUGACAGAAAUAAAGACGCACAUUGGGUAUGCACGGGCCUGGGUGAGACUUUCAUUGGAGAAGAAGGUUCUCUCUAAACACCUGACAGCUCUCCUAGGUGAUUCAGAACUACUACGAAGCUUGUACAAACGCUAUGCUUUUCUUCGUUGUGAUGAUGAGAAGGAGCAGUUCCUGUCUUAUUUACUCUCCCUGAAUGCUGUAGACUACUUCUGCUUCACAAGUACUUACACUUCCACAAUUGUGCCAUAUAGAGUGGUGAUAUUUCCAUCACGAAAGUUGAGUGGGGCCAGUACAUCAGCGAAUGCCUGGGUCAGUCUUGGUGGCACUCUUGGCCAAACGUCAAAUAUACCUGUACCAAGAAGCCAAGUGGAACUUGUUUUUCAGCACAAAAAUUUAGGUUUGCUGACAACAUUACGAAUUGGCCAUGACAACACGGGUAUGUCUCCCAAGUGGAUGGUGGAACAUGUACUAGUCAGAAAUGAAGUUGCUGGACACACCUGGAAGUUUCCCUGUGGACGUUGGCUUGGCCGUGGAAUAGAUGAUGGGUCACUUGAACGAAUUCUUGUUGGAGAGUUGGUUCCGUCCCACGUUACUUCAGAUGAUUUGGUAGAAUCUUGCCGAACGCCUCCACGCUGCAGGUCCCCGAAUGUUCCUGGGCCAAGACGUUCAGAUCUGAGACUUACAGUUCCUGAUAUACAGCAGCACCUAGGGGAUUCCGUCAAUAGCUUGGUGAAGUACUUCUACAAGCCAGAGAAGGAGCGAGGAAGUCUCACACUUCUACUCUGUGGAGACUUUGGUCUUGUCUGUUGCCUUGAACAAGUCUUCAAUUAUGGUUUUAAAUCUACACGGUUUUUUGGCAAGAAUCUCUAUCUUUGGGACUAUUUUGAAAGGGUGCAGCAGCACUUUGAGGUUAUCUUACGUGAAGAAAUGGAAAGAGAACAGUUGACAGGAAUUGCACGAGAUGGUCGGGAUCAUGGGCUAGCAAGCAUGGGUGAAUUUGUCUCUCUUGUGGCUCGCAUCAAUGGCUCUUCAUCUCAUCUUGGCAAAGAUGACAAAUUCCAACUUUUUGUUUGUCUUGCAGCCAGAUCACACCUUUUGCCACGCAUCUUGUUACCACUCCAGAGAUCUCCAAUCACAAGUCACAUGUAUGAUGAUUCGUCCUUCCUAAGAGAUCCACAGUUAGUUCGGGACCUCAUUAAUGUUUUGUCUGCUCUUAAUGAAUUUGACAUCACACUUGAGAGUUCUCUAACUAGGGGAAUUGAUUAAAAUAUUAGAUUCCAUUAGGAUGCAUGAAGAAAUUGUGUGCCAUUAUGAUACAGGCUGUCCAAAUUAUGGGGUCUUACUGAUGUAGGAAAUAUGAUAUAUAUAUAUUGCAUCAGUGUUAUAUUAAUUGAGUAAUUUUAUAUUAUGAGAGUGUCAUUCAGAUUUUUACAUACAAAAGAACAAAUGUAAUUGUUUUAUCAUGGAUCCAGGAAAGAGAAGACUAUUUCAUAUAAUUUUAACAGCUUUAGGUGUACAGUAUGUCAAAAUUAAAUAGUUCUUGUGUGUAGGACAAUAUUACCUUGCAAACUGAACAGAUUGUAAGAGACAUAUCAGUGUCAGCUUCUAUAGUUUAAUUUUUAUCACUAUUUGGGUUCCAAUUUGUGUACUGUAUUGUAGAUUUGUUUGUAAUAAUGUCCAUCAUAUUCCUUCACUCAUUCACUUCAGUAUUCAAUUUUAAUGAGGCAGACUACAUUUACUGCCACAUUUUUAACCUUUUUUGUGAAGUAACUGAAGUUGUUGGUACAAAAUACUCAUAUCAGUGCUGUUAGGUUUAAUAUAAUUAUUUCUCCAUAUGUACUCAGUGUUUUAGCAACACUAAAAAAUGUACUUUGCCAAAUAUUUGUAUACAUAUUUCAUGAUAAUGUGUGUUUACAGGUAUGUUUUAAAUAAGAAUAUUUUUAACAUUUUGUUUGGCAAAAUUAUUGAUAUAAGUUUUCUGUGAGGGCUGCUAUUAGUGGCUUGUUGGUAUUUGCUACUUGGCAAAAUCCACCCAGUUCAAUCCUCACCAGGUCCUUGAGUGUUAGGUGUUAGCUGGUAUUGUUCCUUGCCUGGCCUGAGUUACAAUCUUUGGUGGGUUCAGGUGGCUGUCUCCGAGAGUGGGUUCCAAUAUGAAGGUACCGUGCCCUUGGCAGUCCACGGAUCUUUGGCUCUUUGUUUUUGUACAAGGUCACAUAGGUUGUUUGCAUGCUUGUUACACAGUGUGCUUCACACCCUUAACAGCCAGAUUUGCCCAUAUGCUACUUUCAGUUUUUGUAAUAUUCAGUGAGUGGCACCAGAAUUCAGAGGCCUCACAACCUUAGAGAGAAGAAACGGAGGGAAUAUGAUUACUUUGUACAAGAUCUUGAAUUGGAUAAUGUUGACAAAAGAAGUCUAUUUGAAAUUAAAAUUAAAGAGGUAGAUUAAAAUUAAAGAUGUCAACAUUAUAAGGGACAUCAGUGGAAGCUGGCCAUGCAUUUGAUUCGAAGGAUGUAAGAAAGUUCCCUGUAUGGGUGGUAGUCAAGUGGAAUGCAUUGAAAGCUAUUCCAUCCACAACUUGAACACUUUCAUCUUUUUAAUGUUAUGAGGGGAAAAUUAGCACACCAGGUAUGAGCCGCUAGGAGGUGGAGCAUAAAGAGCUAGAUCUCCCUUCCCAGUAGUCACCGAUACGUAAGCACCAGUGCCUGGCAUUUCCUGCUUGGUCUACCCUUCAGGAUCCCACAAGCUCUAUGCUAUUUUUGUAGGAAUUUAUUAUAGAUUCUGUCCUUGCAAGGUUUUGGAUGUGCCUUGAUUUUUAUGUAUGUUGGUUGUAAUUCUUGUUGCUUCCAUCAUGUCACCUGUUGUGUAGGGAAUACAUUCCACAUUGAGGCCUGCAACAUUUGAAGUCAAUGGGGGUCUGUUUUAGCUGAACCUCCUGCUAAGGACUUUGCUUUACAGGCCAGGUUUGUCAUUAUACUUGCAUUAUGGAUUAAUGUUGAUGUGGUUGCCCCAGGGUCAGCCUCUGUCUUUUCAGGAUCAAGAGCAGUUGCUAUUUUCUACUUGGUCCAAGUUUGCUCCUCCAUCUCCUUCAUUAUGUUCGGUUGUAGCUGUUCAUUGUUACCACUGUGCCACAUUAUUAGUGCAUGGCAAGGACAUUUUGUUUUUGGAUCUGGUGACCUUGGUUUCUUGUUCCAGGAACCAUUUGUCUUGAGUUGUCUAGUGUAAAAAUAGAUUAGCCAGCUUGUGGUUUACCCUCGGACCAAUAAUGUUCAUAAGUUCACGACCAUCAAUAGUUUUUCAAAUGUGUCAUGGGCAGAUAUUAGGGCUCGUGGGUUUUGGUGGUCCAACGCCGACGUUUUGGUGCCAACAGUUCAUUGCUUGGUGAAUGUUCUUGGUCCGUGCUGGGCUCGUCACUUUGGGGCAAUUAACUUUUUGCUAAUUCCCCUUUUUAUAGGGUGUUACUUUCUAAGACUCUCCUCUACCCCUCGCGAGUACCCCUUUUGUUUUUUCUCCGUGGCGACAGCAGCAAGAAGCCACCAAUAGGAGCACUCCUAGAAAGACAGGAUUGAAUGUAUUAAAACACCUCAUUCUGGUGGGUCCUUGGAGGCUCGUAUUGAGCCCCUCGUUUCCAAUUCACAGGAAUUGGGUUUUCCAUGUAAAUGACAGGUUCAUGGCUAGGGAAUGGAGGAAGACGGUGCACAGUGGAACUAACAAGAGAACUGCUUCACCAGCAGGCGAUUCAUUUAACUCUGAGCUUCGUUGUCUCGUUUUCUAUACCAUGUUUACCUUGCAUGUUUGCAUUCACCCACCUUUUGGUGACAUUUUCUUUUUUAGGGUUUUAUUGGCUUCCCCCUACUCCUUGCACCUCUUUUAAGAGGGAAGCCAAGUUUGACUGAUCUCUGGAAGCCUUCAAUGACUUGAGUGCCUGACGUGAAUUAAAUUGGGUUGUUUGCCAGGUAGCAAGCAUCAAAGAGCCACCAAGGACUUGCCACAAAAAUGUGUUUCAUUACAUUCAGCGCUGGUUAUUUUUACUGUACACAAUGUUUUAUCUUUAGACUAGCUCGGGUGCGUGCUGUUGUGUGCUGUAACUCGGAUAUGUGCUGUAUCUCAGAUAUGUGCUGUAGCUCGGGUAUGUGCUGUAGCUUGUGCACAUGCUACAGAGUACUGUAGCUUGGGUGCAUGCUAUAGUGUACUGUAGUUCAGGCCUGUGCUGUAACUCGGGCAUGUAUUGUAGCUCGGGCAUGUAUUGUUGCUUGGGCGUGUAUUGUGUAGUUCGGGUGUGUAUUGUAGCUCGGGUGCGUAUUGUAGCUCGGGUGCAUGCUAUGUGCUGCUGUGUAUGGUGUUCAUUUUGAACAGUUGUGAAUGUUUAGAAUUAUUUUUUUAUUCCAUUAAUAUAUAUUUCAUGUUAUUUCUAAAUUUAUCUUCAAAGCAUUGAAUUGUCUGGAGCAGAGAGAAGGAAAUGAAGGUGGGCCAUAUUGGCCAAACUUAAAAUGCAAUGUGUAAAUAGUAUACAUAAGGUUUGAAGUUCAAUUAAAAUGAAAAUACAAGCUGUGUAGAUAAAUUCUGGUUGAACCUGCUCUUUCCUGGAUUUUCAAUAUCAUUUGCAUAAAUCACACAUAAACUUAGGCUUUCUGCGUUUUAGCAUGAAAGCUCAUAGAUAUAUUAUUUUGUUAAAUGCAGUUUAGGGUUAGCAUAUACAGUAUUGCCAAAUCUGAAUGGUAUAUAUAUGCAGGCCUUCAUUCCUCUGAAACAUUAAUAGGGCUUCACCACCAUUCAAACAGUUUAUGAAAGUGAGAAUAGAUCCUGAACAGGUUUGUACAUGUACUACAAAUUAUUUUGUCAUUUUCUUAAGGCAUAAUAUAAAUGCAGUAAUCACUACUUACAUUUGUUUAAAGAAAUAAAACUAUACGGUAGAUUAAUUAGAGGGACUUGCCUCCAGAAGUGAGGUGAGUUUUUUAUGCAAGGGAAAAAAUUUAAACAAAUUUAAAUAUAGUAAAAUUUUAAAUUACUUGUGUUUACAAAAUAUUAUAAAUUUAGAAAUAACAUACUAAAGCAUUCAAUAGAGUAAGUUUUAUAAUAUCGUCAAUAAUUAUAUACAAUGUGACCUAUGUAUAUUUUUAUUGAUUUUAUAUUUGAGUUGUUAUUGUAGAAACACAGUAAUGUAACAAAUUCAGUAGAAUAACAUUUAUGGUGACCCAAAGGAAAGACAUAUGUAGACAAGUCAUUAUGGAUAACUUGUGUCGUCUGACAUUUAACUCUCGUUAUCGGUGCUUCCAUUGAAAUCUGAGACCAACUGAUCAUACAUCGGUUAAUAUCUUUUCCUAAUUUUGUUCCUGAAUUAAAGUACUUAUGCUCCUGUUCAAGGGUUAUAUAUUAAAUAUUAUUAACACAAAGAUAAAAUUUUGUUCAGGAAUAAAGUUUGACCAGUAUAAAUUCAGUUAUAAUGGCUUUCAUUUUAUUAAUUUCACACAUUUGUUUAAUUCAUUUGUACUUCAGCCUUGUGGCGGCCACGAUGGUGGCCCCGGCGGCGGCCACCACUGUGGCCACUAUCAAAAUGACGAUGACCAAACCACACAUUUGUUUAAUUCAGUUGUACUUCAGCCUUGUGGUGGCCACGGUGGUGACCACAGCGGUGGCCCCAGCGGCGGCCACGGUGGUGGCCGCCCUCAAAAUGACGAUGACCAACCAUUUUCUCUCAGAAAAUAGAGAAAUUAAAUGACGCCAUUUCAGUCUGUCCUAGACCAUUCAUCAAAUCAAAUAAUUUGAGAGAAGCAACUAUAAUGUAAGAGUGUAAGAUGAGAGUGAGGAGCAGGUAAGAGAAAGGUAAUCAUAAGAUGAAUACAAGAAUAAGGUAAGAAUUAUUCUUAUUCAUCCUAUGCUUACCUUAUUCUUCUCCAACCUGCCCCUCACCUUUCAUCUUACUCUUACCUUAUAUUUGUCUGUACCAAAAUCCUCUCUUCUAUUACAUGACUUGAUAAUGGUCCAGGACAGACCAAAACAUUGUUUCUCCAAUAUUUUGUGUAGUGUGGUCAUUGUGUGUUCAGCCACAUUAUGACGACUCAUCAUUGUAAUGGCAGUAUUGCCAUAGUGCCCCUUGGCACAACGUCAUAAUGGCAUGAUGUUGCGAUCUUGUGGUAAGCAAAAUGGUUCUAUGGCCUCAGUCUUUAGAAUGGAGUGAAAUUUAUUAAAUAAUUAUAUUUUUGUUGUUCUACAUAGUGAGAUUUAUAUACCAAAGCAUUUAUUAUGUGAUGUAUAAGUUAUGAAAUGUCUUCAUUGCUUAAAUAAAUCAUUAAUGUCCUUUUAUAUCUAAUUGUUGUAUUCUAAGUUUUGUGCAUCAUGAAAGGUAAUUAUCAGCAAUGGCAUGACUUACUCUGUUUGAAUGGAAGAGUUUUGUUUAAAGUUAUUGUAGCAUACUGUAAAGAAAAACUGAAACAAUGGAUCAAUUUUCAUGUACAAUAUUUAUGUUCACCCAAAUAUGAACGAGUGAACACAAAGCAUAUAUAUAUUGUAUUUAUCCAUGAAGGUGUUUUUCGUGGUUAACCGAGUCAAAUUUAGUGUGAGAAGGAGUGCCAUACUAAUAGUGAAGACUCCUAUGGAUUCCUCGAGCUGUGAUACCCGUCGUGUUCAUGAUUCGUAAAGCCCGUAAAUCGAUAUGGAAUAUUAAUGGAACAAAUCUGAACAAGUACUCUUUAACAAUUAGUUUAUUUAUUAUAAUUAUGAACAUGACUGCUGUCUGUGGCUGCACACAGACUGCAACUUGAACCCUUGAGGGUUCAAGUUGGCUGCAUGACACUCUUCAACUUUGAACAUGAGUACAAAAGUGGUACUCUCACAGACAUUAUCUCGCAGACAUCUAAGUAUUAUCGCGGGUACUCCUGCAAUAAUGCCGAUUGUAUUGCAAUUCUCAUUGGGUGCCCAGAUUUAGCGUAAUUGUGUAUAGAAAUUUGUCGAGUUACAAUUUUUAUGUACAGUAUAAUUAAAAGCAAGGCAAUACUAAUUUUGUACUCAUAGUACAAGCUGUUACACUUGUUAAAAGUGUGUUAGUAUACUAGCAGAGACUGCUGUGCUGUCAUUAGGAAACAUAUUUUAUCCUAUUUAUGUUAAGAACAAUGAGCUGGUAAUAAUGCUCAGCUGUCAAGACCUGAUGGUGUAAAUGUAUAUAUGUAUUGCAUGAACUGAGUUUCAAUGAAAUAAAGACAAAUAAUU